GGCAGCACCACACACUAGCACAGCAACAUCUGAGACUGUGUGUCCUACAUUCACGUUUGGUGCUAUGUGCUCUCAGACGUGUAACUGUUCGUCGAAUUCCGUCUCUUGUAAUAACGUCAGUGGCCAGUGUAACUGUGCACCGAGCUACAAAGGAUUACGAUGUGAAGAAGCGUGUCCCGAGGGUUUGUUUGGUCAUGCGUGUGGUCAGCAGUGUACGUGUCAGAAUGGAGCCGAAUGUGAUCUCGUGACUGGAAACUGUAGCUGUACAGCUGGAUGGACGGGAAACGAUUGCGAUGAUGAGUGUCCAGAGGGAACGUUCGGCUCUGACUGCUUGAUGGAAUGUUCUUGCUUAAAUGGUGCGACGUGUGACAGAGAGGACGGAAUUUGUUUGUGUACCCCAGACUACACGGGUGCCAACUGUGAAACACAUACAACAUAUGACACUCUUCCAUCUCCAUCAUCAUCACCUCAAGUUGAAAAUCCCUGCUUAUCUUUGUUCUGUCUAAACGGUGGGACAUGUGAAGUGCAACUUGGCUCACCCAUCUGCACUUGUACUACCUUCUGGACUGGUGAUCAGUGCGAAAACCCACGUCAUCCUGAGUGCCUUUCUGAGCAAACAGAAGAAGAGAUAGUUAUCUGUUUUGAAAUAGCAGAAUCAAAGGCUAGGGAUACGGAGUCUUCUAACCAGCAGGUUUACAUUGCUGUUGGGGUAGUUAUUCCACUUGUCAUUGCUCUCUUGAUUGUGGUCUUUGUCUACUAUUGCUACAAGAAGCGAAGUAAAAUGUAUGAUUGUGAAGGUGGUGACACUAAAGACAAAAAAGGCAUGAUGUUUCAGAAUCCCGCAUACGAUGAAUUACCUGCUGAACAACAGAAAACCAGUAGCAAGACUGGAGUCAACCCUGACAAUCCGUUAUACAGUGACAUCAUUGACAUACCAACCAGCAGUCACCAUGAACAAACAGGAGGCUAUGAACAACCGGUUCAAUCAGGCUAUGAGGAGCCUGUUCAAUUGGAAGGCGUUGCUGUGGUGGAUGAUCCAGUGAACAAAGAGAGCAACCCAAUCAAUGAGAGUGGAGACACAAUUUUGUCGUCCGAUAAUAAGGUCAAUACGAGCAGCAACCAAAAUCCUUGCAACAACCAAACAAACAUAGAAUGUAACACGUCUCAUUCUGCUUCUAAUGUUAAUGACAACUAUGAGAGUGUUCCCAGUCAGCAGGCUGAUGGAAGUGUGAAUAUCAAUGACAAGUCGGGUGAUGGUUUGUAUGAAGAACUUUCGUAGUGUUUACGAUUUUCUCACAUUUUAACAUUAAGACAAGGUGCGUCGUUACAUCAUUUCAAUAAACCACGAUAUGCGUGCACACAUUUGUUUGGCAAAACAUAAUUUAGUUAAUUAAUAUGUCAGACAAUUUACGAAUUGCUGGUAUCGUUUAUUACUGUAAAGCAUUUGUUUAUGGUUUAGAUAUGUGGUUGUAUUAUAUUAUAUCUUGUGGUUGAAAUAUAUAUUUAGGUACAACAGAC